AUGAUCUGGUGCCAAAUACUAGGAGUGGCAUUAUUAGCUACGGCUGUAUCAGCAGCGGCCCAGAAAACCGAUGACUUGGAGUGCAUGUUCCUUGGCUAUCCCGAGCUCGAAUACGAUGGUUUUGAUAGGACCGAGGUAUUAACGGAGAAGAAUUUUAACAAGACCGUAUUUGCUGAAGACGCUAAGUCUGUGGUUUUCUUUAAUGAUGUUGAAGAAGACGAUCCAGAAUUAGACCAGUAUGAGUGCUUUAUGCAGCUCUCAGCUCAAAUCAUGACAAAACGAGGUUACAAUUUCUUCACUGUCAAUACAACCAAGGAACAGAAACUUAGAAAACAGGAAGAGGUCGAAAAAGGUGAGGAUACUAUCCAUGUCUACAAGGACGGCUUCAAGAUCGAGUAUUAUGGCGUUCGUGAUCCGGAAACCUUUGUUGGAUGGAUGAUGGAC